AUGCUUUUCUCGUUUGGGGCGGCCGCUUUGAUGGCCGGCGUUGCACUCGCUGAGCCCCUCGCCACGAUCACUCCUUGCCCGCAAGCGUCGGGCAGCACCACGGUAGCACCGAUCACCGUCACCAGCCAGUAUCAGUCUGUCUCGACUUGCGAGCCUACAACAGCUUGUUUCCGUGGGUCUUGCAUCACGAAGUAUCCGUACAACACAUGGGCUUUUGUCAGCACAACCAUUCCAGAUGCCUGGAACGGAAAGACCGCCUCGAGCACCCUGGUCACAUCCACCGACCAGGAAGUCACCGUCUCGCUGUUCUCUACGACUUUUACGAAAUAUGUUACUCCAGCACCAACUGCCACCAUCAACGGCACUGUCUACGUUCCUGCCCCGACUCCUGUUUAUCUCACCAUCGCCAAAGACUUCUACGCUCCAUACAACCAGAUUGGUCCUUUGGCCAUCCCUGGUUAUGACGGUAGCGGUCUGUGCACAACCUGUGGUGUCCAGAAGGAUGGCACCCGGAGACAAGUCGUCGACGUUGUCGAGUGCCGUGCUGGCGCCUGGGGUGCAAAGUGCUUGGGAUACGAAGAGAUCUGGAUCUCGCUUCCUGCUCCACCUGUGACAUCCACGACUGUGGCUCCUGUGUCCACCAGAUGGGUUGCUCCUAGUGCUGGUACCUAUACUUUCACCUUCACCAUGACCCAGCCUGCCCGCGUGGUCACAGCUGCCGCUGAGACCAUCACCAUCGCUCCUCAGCCAUGGUAUGCGUAUGUCACCCGUGCUUGCCACAGACCUCGUGAGAUCAUUGACUUCACGACCACCAUCACCAAGACAAUCUACUACACCGUGCCUUGCAGCAGACAAGCCCCUACAACCGCCAGCACCGUGCCAGUGCCUACCGGCCCUAACUGGGGAUGGUUCCCUACACAUGGUUCAGGUCCUAAGCCUACCAGCGAUCCUUUCCAAUGGGAAGACUGGGGCAGCCCGAGCAACACCAAUACUCAGGGAUGGAAAGACUGGUUCACGGAGACUGUCACUGUCACUAAUACCAUUACCAGCACCGGUGGCCCGAUUACCCAGUCAACCACUGCGACCUCAACCGGCGCGUCCAGCAGCUCUAGCAGCUCAUCCUCCAGCUCUGCUAGCAGUGCCAGCAGCUCAAGCUCAAGCUCCAGCAGCUCCUCCAUCUCCAGCACUGGAGGACCCAUCUCCGGCUCUACCUCCACUGCCGCUAGCAGCUCUAGCAGCUCGAGCUCAUCUUCCAGCUCUGCCUCGUCGGCCAGCUCUUCCAGCAGCUCGUCUUCUAGCUCUGCUUCGUCUGCAAGCUCCUCCAGCAGCUCUUCCUCUGCCUCGUCUGCAAGCUCUUCUAGCAGCUCUGCCUCGUCUGCAAGCUCCUCCAGCAGCUCUUCCUCUGCCUCGUCUGCAAGCUCCUCUAGCAGCUCUGCCUCGUCUGCAAGCUCGUCCAGCAGCUCGUCUUCUGCCUCGUCUGCAAGCUCCUCCAGCAGCUCUGCAAGCAGUGCUAGCAGCGCGUCCAGCUCCAGCAGCACAAGCACUUCAGCUUCAUCCUCGACCACCAGCCCUAUCACGACUCCUUCGAUUGGUCCGUUCUACUUGAUCUCUAACACCAACGCCAAAUACCGCAAGCGAGCCAUCACCUACGUUGCCUUUGCUGGUGAGGAUGCCGUCCUCGUCAGCGACCAAGACCUUGCUGCUCAAUUCUACAUUGACACCAAUGGUUUCUUGACUUCCGGAGGACAAUUUGUUGACUCGGACUACACCUUCUCCUACAUCGCCUUCCAACUGACAUCGACACCACCCACCACGCUCGCGACUUUCUCUAUCGCGGAGGACAAUACCUUGGUCAUCGAUGUGGAGAACAAUGGCUUCUGUGUUACAGACUCUAGUAACAUAUUCAUCCUCUUCAGCGCCACCGAGACUCCAUUCUUCUGCAACCCAAUCACCCUCAUCGUUGUCUUCACUUUGCCAACCACGACGACCACUACUAGCAUGAGCAGCACGUCUGCCAUCAGCACCUUGACAAGCACCACCGCAGAACCCUCGUCGACGUCUAGCAUCAUCACAUCAACUACUGCUUCCAGCAGCUCCGAAACCACAACCAGCUCUGAGACCUCGACCACCUCAGAAGCCUCGACCAGCUCGACGACUUCCUCCAGCUCAGAAGCCUCGACAACAUCUACUGAGUCGUCGACUAGCUCGGCGGAGUCGUCGUCCACUUCGGCCGCUUCCACUAGCUCGGCUGAAUCGUCGUCCUCUUCGGCCGCUUCAACCAGCUCGGCUGAAUCCUCGGCUGAAUCGUCGUCCUCUUCGGCUGCUUCAACCAGCUCGGCUGGAUCGUCGUCCACCUCGGCCGCUUCGACCAGUUCUGCUGAGUCGUCGUCGACCUCAGCUUCUUCAAGCUCUGCGGAGUCGUCUUCCACCUCGGCAGCUUCGACUUCUUCCGCUGCUUCGACCACGUCGGCUGCCUCGACUACCUCUGCUGAGUCAACGACGUCUGCCUCGUCCAGCACUAGCUCUGGUGGCUUCACCCCUGCGCCCGAGGCCUCUGGUUUCGCCGUUAGUGUUGAUAUCCCUGCAGGCAGCAGCAGGAAGCGACAGGCCGUGGUGACCCGAUACCUCAACUUCAAAUCCGAUGGCGUGGGUACGCUCGGUCCUGCGGAAGAUGCUGACACGUUCUCGAUCGACGUCGACUCUCAUCUUCUAGUUGGUGUCAACUUCAUUGGUGCGGUGGAUUCGGAAGAUGCGCUGCUCACUGCCUACGCCACUCCACCCGCCUUUAGCAUCUGGUUGAGAGAUGCGUUCGGCAAUCUGGCCCUUAGCGAGCGCAAAUUGUGUUUGACGGAUGACGACAACGUCCUUGUCGUCGACCCCGACACUGAGUGUGCAAUCCCCCUCACGUUCUCGCAAGCCGCACCUCCGGUCCAGACAUCAUCUACCACUACCACGGUCCCCGCCACGACCACCACGACGCCUCCGGCCACGACCACUCCCCCCACGACGACGACCGCGGAGCCAACUUCGACCACAGAAGAGCCUACGACCACGACCACUUCGGCCGACCCAUCGGGUGAUCUCGAAGAUGACCCGGCUCCCACCGGUCCGGUGCGCCGUGGAGUCCGAUACGGCGGUCGUACCUACUACCACCACCGCCGUCACUAG